AUGAUAAACACAACACAACAACAACAACAACCUAAAUCUGCUAAAUUACUAGAUGCCACCAAUAAGAUUCAAGCCAUUCUCGAUAAACAAUUUGAUAAGCUGCCAGUGACCAAAGAUAUUCCAAGAUUACUGAAGAAGAUUUAUUUGAUUUCUCCCAAGACAAGAUCAGAACAAGCCGAAGAAGCACACGAUGAAUCUCUUGCCAAUCAACAACAAGAAGAUUCUUGGAAACACAAAACCAACAUUUCCUUUAAUCCUGAAAACCAUUCAGAUCUUAUCACUCCUGAUGACAUUCCAAAAGAAAUUAUAUUCUAUCAAUUCAUUGAAUCAAUAGUGAAAGAUGUGUUAAAUUCAACCGAUCAAUUUAAUCUUCCAACUUAUGAAGAAUAUAUUUCACACAUUGAUUUCAAUGAUCAUCGUACUCUCAACAAUUAUUUGAUGCAUGCCGUAAAAUUUGGAGAUUUGGAUUUGACAACACCAACUGAGUCGGAACCUCCAACUGGAAAGGAUGAAAACAAGAAUCAUCUUUUACUUCUCCUCAAAUGUUGUCAACAAACUAUUGUCAUCAAUGUUCUGAUGGGAUUACGUGAAUUUACAAUGAAACAUAAGAUUCAUUUCAAGGAUGCUCGUGGUGCUUGGCGUAUUUAUAUUGGUUCUGAUAGUCCAAAUAUUUCAACUUCCUACUCUUCAUUCUAUGUUGCUCAUGAACGUUCUGAACAACUAUAUAUGAAACGUCUAGAUUGGAUGCAACAAUACGGAAUAUCUGAUGAAGAAUUGGUCAAACUUGAAGAAAACGAUCCAAGAGAACAAGUCAACUUUGCUAAAGCAGCUAUGAAACAAUUAUUCCAAUUUAAGUGGCAAAUCAAAUUGUGUUUUUCAAAAGAUGUUGAUGGUAGUGAUUUCACAUUAACACAUGUCAAUAUUUCUCUCCUUGGUAUUGAUUACAGCAAUGAAGAUUUAACAGUCAGUCACCAAAAGUAUUGUGAAAAGGAAGUUUCUUUAUUGGAACAAUACUUUAAUAUGUUUAAAUCUCAAAGUCAAAAUGUAUCAUCACCAAUGAGUGCAUCAUCUGACAAUGUGUUCACUCCAAGUACACUUGAAUUCUCAAAGAUAAGUCUUGGAAGUCCAUUCAACUCUCCAAGGACGCCUGGUACAGUUAGCAGUCCAUCGACUACUGUUAAGCCAUCACCUCUCACAAAACAUAUUGUGACGACGAUUGCUUCACCAGAGGAUAACUCUGAAUCAAACACAGUUGUAAUAACAAAUAAUAACAAUAAUAAUAAUACGACAUCAUCUGUAGUAGUGGAAAAUAGAGAGCAGGAAAAAGAGGUUAGUGAAACUGAUACUUUAAUUUUUAAAUCUUCUAACAAAUCUUCUUCAACACAUAACAAUUUUGAUAAUAGCCAAACUCAAAUACUGAAAACUAGAGAGUACGGGUCAACUAGCUCAAACCAUUCUGAUAAUGUUCAUAUUUCAGAUAUUUCGAAUGAAAAUGUUUUAUUUUGCAUACCACGAUCGUUACUAGUGGCGAUCCCUGUUGUUGGUAGUUUAUUUUCAAAAGUAUCCAAAUCAGCUCUAUCCAAAGAACAAGACACUGAAGAGAAAAAACUGCUUGAUAAUUAA